AUGGCUCCUGCUCCAACUUCUAUUGCGGCUGCUAACGGCGCGAAUGCUUCACCUGUGAAGGCUUCAUCGAGGAUUCAACAUGAUCCGCAAGUUGUGCAAUAUCCAACGUUUCCCGCCGAGCCGCUGACUACGCCAGAGCAGUUCUACGCACGUGCAGAGCAAGUUGCCGACCUACUCCACCAAGACGAGGCGAUCCGCGACCGUGGAAAUGUCGUGCCGUAUCGCCAAGUGCAGCUCUUGAAGGAUGCUGGUCUCGUCACCCUCCUCGGACCCCAGGAAUCUGGCGGCGGAGGCCAGACGUGGAAGGAAGGAUACCAGGUCAUCCGACUCCUUGCUCGCGGUGAUGGCAGCAUUGCGCAGAUCUACGGCUACCAUUUGCUCUGGUUCUGGGCUUUCGCGCUCGUCGGCACCGACGAGCAGAGAAAGAAGUGGGAGCAAUUACUCACCGCAAGAAAAGCUUUCCUCGGAGGCGCCGUCAACCCUCGCGAUGCAGACUUGUUCGUCUCGGAGCACCCGUCUGACCCAACUAAGCUGGUAUUUGAUGGUCGCAAGACGUUCUCGACUGGCAGCAAGAUCUCCGAUUACACAAUUCUCGAAGGCGCUACGAAGGAGGGCGGCCACAUCUUUGCUGCUGUGCCGAGCAAGCAGCCUGGCAUCGUUUACGGAGACGACUGGGUCGACACGCUAGGCAUGCGAGGCACCCAGUCGGGUAGCAUCGAGAUCAAGAAAGUCGAGGUGCCGUGGGAAGAUGCGCUUGGCUUUGUCAACAAAGAAUUCCAGCCACUCGGCCCCUACAAAACGCUCAACCUGCCCACAAUACAGUUGGUCUUCACUGCCUUUUAUCUCGGUAUCACUGAGGGCGCGCUCGCCCGCGGCCUCGAGUACACCCGCAAGAACACCCGCGCGUGGCCUUACGUCCCCGAGGCAAACCGCGUUUCUCGCGGCACGGAUGAAUUCUACAUCCAAAGCGACUACGGGACGCUGCAGAGCAAGGUCUGGGCCUCUGCCGCUCUCAUCGAGCAGGUGAUCGACUUGGGUGCUUCGAUCCUGCACAGCGACCGCCGCUCCGUCACGGCUGAGCAGCGCGGCGAGUUUGCCGUCCGCGUCGCGGCGUCCAAAGUCGGCAUCGUUGACACGGGCCUCGAGGUGACAUCCAAAGUCUACGAGCUACAGGGCGCCCGAUCCAUCGCGGCCAAGUACGGAUUCGAUUUGGCGUGGAGAGAUCUGCGCACACACUCGCUGCACGACCCCAUCGCGCACAAGAGAGCAGAGGUGGGCAGGUACGCGCUGCAUGGCCAACCGGAGGGCCACAGUACGCCAACCUGGUACACGUAG